CUAACUUGUACUGAACAAUGCAUUUCUGGCUGCAAAGAGACAGACAUUUUCCAUACAGUGGUGGUUUAUACUGUAUUAGGUCAUUUUCCUAAUACACCUAGGAUUUACUCUGUAUAGAGUAUGCAGCACUGUUCAUGUUUAUAUAGAGUGAGGUGAUAUGGGCACAGCUUAAGGAGUUGAUUCUGCAUGUUCUGUUUUUUUUCUGCACUGGAGUGGCUCUGCUGCAUCAGCUGUAUCAGACGGACUUACUUCUUUUUGAAUUUUGGAAGAGAGAUUGAAGACAUCUGAGAGGCUAAUACUGUACUUUUUGCUAAUUCAUCUCUAAAAAUGGAGAGGCUUAGAGAGGACCUUUCAAGUGUGUUAGAGGAGCUGAGGACACAAGAGCUGAAGCGCUUUGUGUUUAGAAUAGAGUCAGCAGAGCAGAGACACCAGUGUGCACACAUCCCAAAAGGCCUGUUUGAGAAAGCAGGGAAUGAGACUUGGGAAAUUGUACACCUCAUGAUUGGUUAUUAUGGAGAAAAAACUAAAGAUGUGGCUUUGGAUGCGUUAGAGGCAAUUGGAAGGAGGGAUCUGGUGAAGAGCUUUGAAGAUGCAUGCACUACCACUAAAACUACGGGAAGGAGAGGUGAUUACAUAAAAGAGUAUAGAGAAGAAAUAAAAAGAAAAUAUGAACACAUUCACAGGGAUACUUUCCUACCAGAAGAAAGAGUCGAGUUUAACUCUCAGUACACCAGUCUAACUUUCAUUAAAAAACGGCAAAAGUUAGAUGAAAAGGAAGAGGAACUCAAAGCAAGAGGAGAUGACUUGGUGAGUCUAAUGGAAAAGCACAGAAAAUACAAUAUUACUAUUAAUGAAAUCUUUUCUAUAAUUGAAAAUGAUGAUGAUAAAAGGGAACCAAGAACUGUGGUCAUUCAGGGACCAGCAGGUAUCGGAAAGACGUUCACAGUUCAUAAAAUCAUGCUCGACUGGGCCUCAGGUGAACUUUUCCAAGACAGAUUUGAUUUUGUGUUCCACCUCUGCUGCAGAGAAUUGAGAAUAAGUGAUCAUGAAAGUCUCCAAGAACUGAUAAUCAAGUGUUCUUCAAUUUUGGAAGAAGCUUUGGAAGAAAUAUUGUUGAAUCCAGAACGUAUUUUAUUCAUUUUUGAUGGACUUGAUGAACUUGCUUUCAGUGAAGUUAAUGCAAGAGAUGAAAGUGCAGUGAAAUUCUUAUUAACAAGAAAAAUCAUGCCCCAGGCUUCUGUGCUGAUCACUACACGGCCAACUGCUUUAUCAGUGCUUAAAGGCAAAAUCGAUCGCUAUAUCGAAAUUGUUGGAUUUCUAGAGGAUGGAAUAAUGGAUUACUUUUUAAAAAGUUUUAAAGACCAAGAGAAAGCUCUUAGUGCAUUUAACGUUAUUAAAGGAAACAGUGUAGUUCUCUCCAUGUGCUUUGUGCCAAUGGUCUGCUGGAUUAUCUGUUCAAUGAUGAAAGAAAAUGAAGAAGACAGAGAAGAUCUUCUGAAAAAUGUGACAAAUGCCUCACAGAUUUUGCUUCAUUUUAUAAAUACAUUGCUGGAACAUCACUUCAAUGUUUCGGGAAAUUCAGACUUUCUUCAGAAUGUCUGCAGACUGUCUUAUCAUGGGAUCUGUGAGAAGAAAACUAUGUUCAAAGAAGAUGAGCUCAGUAAGUUUUUUAUCACAACUACUGGUAGUGAAUCCACAUUUUUCAGCAAAACUCUUUUUAAGAGGCACUUGCGUGUGAAAGCUAUGUACCAUUUCCUGCAUUUAAGUAUUCAGGAGUUGCUUGCUGCACUUUAUUGUGCUUCCCAAGCCUCCAACGAAGAGACUGAGAAACUGCUAAAUGACUCUCUCAGCCUUGAACAAGGGAAUCUCAUACACGUGGUGCGCUUUCUUUUUGGCCUGGCUAAUGAAACAUCACAGGAAAUCAUCGAAGACUUAAACAUUAUUUCAUUAAGCAUUGAGAAAACAACUUUGCAAAGCUGGUUCUCAAGAGCUAUAACAUGGUACAGAGAAACGUACCCAAAGACUUCGGACCAAGCAAGCAAUCAUUUUUUACUGCAGCUCUUGUACUGCUUAUAUGAGAUGCAGGAUGCAGAAUUCGCUACUCAAGCCAUGAAGGAGAUUCCUUGGAUUGACCUUUCUGGAUGUCUUUUGAAUAGAGUUGACUGCACUGUGAUUAAAUACUGUAUCGAGUGCAGCGAAUGUGUACAAAACCUUGAUGUGUAUCGAUGCAAUCUGGAUGAUGUGGCAGUGAAGAUUCUCUGUGAGAUUCUUCCUAAAUGUCUAUCUAUCAAGUUGCAUUCAGAAAAGCUUACUGAGGAGACACUGGAAAACCUUUGUGAAAAUCUUACUUCACAGCAUCAGGACAUACAACUAAGCAUAUGGGAAUUAAAAAACCUGUUCUUUGUUUCACUUGAAUCCUCAGUAGAAGCUCCUGAGUCCAGGGUACUUCAUGAGAGUCUUACUGAAGAAUCGAUUGAAAGUCUCGGUGAAAACCUCACUCCACAGGAAAACAACUAUGGAGAGCCAUGUGUGACAGAAUUUACUGAAGAAUCUAUUGAGUAUCUCAGUGAAAACCUAACUCCACAGGAGUACAACUACGGACAGCUGGUUGUAACGGAAUUUACUGAAGAAUCGAUUGAAUAUCUCAGUGAAAGCCUUACUUCACAGGAAUACUGCUAUGGAGAACUGGAUGUGAAGAAAAGAGAAAAUGAGUCUGACUUUUCUCUUGAUGAUGAAUUGAAUGACACUGAGACAAGGCUACCUACUGAGACCUACUUUGAAAAGGUGGUGGAAGUUGUUUAUUGCACAGAAUUUCUUAUGCCUACAAUGGAAAUCAUCCUUGAACAUCCUAAUAAGAGUGUUGAAUUUCUCACUGAAACACAUAAGAUUGAACACACAUAUCUGAACAACGAAAAAAGAGAAUACGAGUCAUUUAGCUUUUCUGAAGAUGUACCAAAGAAUAACAAUGAAUCCAGGUUAUGGUUUUGUGAAGUCUCGGACUCUCUGGUAAUACAGACAUGCAGGAGGCUCUUUCCAAAAGUCAGGUUUGCAGAUGUUACACUCUGUAGUCCCUAUUGUGAGGAGACAGUGAAACUCAUAAUUGGAAUGCUGAAUGAUCAAGGUUUUUCUCUUAAAAGGUUGAGUGUUGGGAUGCAUUCACUAGAUUCAAUAGAAAACGUCUAUAAAAUGCUAUCUGGAGACAAGAAAAUGAAGAAUGCUACCUGGGAAUUAAAGGAAAUAAGUUGCGUCAACUUUAGUUAUGUGAAGUACACAGCUGCUACAAUGGAGACAAGCGUUUAUGUAACUGGGUUUGAAGAAUAUGUAACACAAAGCUGCAGAAGACUAAUCCAAAGAUGCAAGCCAACAUUAAUCCAUUUGUCAGAUCUUGACGAUGUGAGGUUGAAGACAAUAAUUGACAUUUUAGAUAUUGAAGAUUACACUAAUAAACACCUGAAGAUACAAUCCAAUUUCUACCCAGAAUCUUCAGUAGAAAACAUACGCUGCAUUCUCUUUGAAGAAGAAAAAAUUAGAAACAUAAUGUGGUCAGUGCUUCUUUGUUGGCGUACUGAUAUUCUUUUGACGCAUGAAGCCGGCUCUUCUGAAAUAAGGGAGCAACAUUUUCAUCACCCUGUAUCCCUAAUUGGAUAACAGGUAAAAUGGAAAAAGAUGAAACAGGACCUGAAAUCCACUGUGUGGGCACUUUCUCUGGACUUCAAAAGUGUUUAACCGAAAUUACAAAUUUUUUUUCCAUGAUCAUGGAAGCAUCUACUAGAUUUUCAG